UAUAAUUGUGCAACGGCAUAUCCACAAUAAACCUGUAGCUGUUUAGAGACGACCAAGUGAUCUGAAGCAGUUAAGUACUUACAUCUUUCAUUCGCAAAAAAAAAGUACUUGCAUCUUUAGUAGAGCAAGCAAUACCUUGCUUCGCUGGAGAGUUUGCAUGAGGCCAUGGGAAUCGAGUUCCUCCUCUCUUUUUUGGCCCAAUACUUCUUCCUUUUGGAGCUCCUUUUGCCUGACCUGCAUCUUGCCCCUCUCCGUGGCAAAGUAUUGUUUGGAAUCUGAUCAAAACUUGCCCUUCUCGCACACAGGGGAACACAUCGAGUCCUUGAUUCCUAGGUUUUGGCCGCAACCGUCAUACGAAGUUUAGCCUAGAAGCUGAAUGUAGUUCAGUUGCGAUCUUUUGCCAUGUCCGAGCAACCAGCACUGGGCGUGCUUUGGUAUGUCUUCUUUUGGUGUCAUCAAGCAACCAUCCAUUUGCGCCCACGUUGGUUUUGCUCUUGACAUGGUGCCUGCGCCACGUCUGGGAGAAAAUAUUCACAUACGGUGCUUCCAUGUGCUCGAAGAGCGGCGAACGCACGCAAAUAGCAACCUCUGGCAUCAUUUUACUGGUUCCUACAUCCAGAAGAACUGGAGCUGACCCUCAUGACCUGAAAAAUGUACCCUUCUUUGAGAAAUCAUGGUAUCCAUUCCAACGAACUCCACUUUACGAAUAUGUACAUCGCUAUAUGCAUCCAUCGACUGAAGUACUCGGAUGUAUCAUUUUGAAUUGACCGGCACCAUGGAUGUGUUUGGAGCUACAAGCCUCCUCAGUGCCACCACACUCUAGGUCUACGCCUCGUGUUGUCACACCUCAAAAGUCAAACAUCAUCGGCAUGUGUCGUCGUCUCCGCUCUUAUUUUUGUCUUUUGUGACUUCAUCGUCGAUCUAUUUAACUAUGUAUGGCGUUUGUCUGGUGUGUCGCACUGAAGAUGAAGAUGUCACUGAGAUCGGAGAGGAAAUGUUUGAAGCGGGAGGUGGUGCUCGAAGGCCAAUUCGCACGGCGAACUACACGGAGGUUGAGGAUGUCCUCUUGGUCAAGGCUUGGUCGCAAGUGGGCUUGGAUGCGGUCACCGGCACCGAUCAAACCGGGAAACGUUAUUGGCAACGCAUUGAGGACAAGUAUUGUAAGAUGAAACCCAAGAUUGCCACAUUGAGAGCUCGUUCUUACCGAUCGCUUCAAGGCCGGUGGGAGUUGAUGAAACCUGCUUGUGCUCGUUGGAGUGCGGCUAUGGAUCAAGUGAGGGAUCAACCCCCAAGUGGCUGUGUUGAGAGUGAUUAUGAGAAAUAUGCCGACUUGAGGUACAAGGACAUGGCCGGUUCCAAGGGCAAAUCCUUCCCAUUCAUGCAUUGUUGGGCAUUGCUCCAACAUCUUGACAAAUGGAAAUUGAGGGAUCAAGAGAGUGCAUCGAAAAAAUCGAAUAUGCUAAAAAUGGAUGAUAGUGAUGAAGAAAGAAGAAACCAUGACAAGCCCGGGGGAACCAAGAAGGCAAAAGAGAGGAUGAAGAUGGAAGCGGAGGCAUCAAGCUUGAAGGAAAAGCUUGAUCAAAUGAUCAAGUCAAAGGAGGCAUUGGCGGCGAAGGCAUUGGAGGCAAAGCUUAUUAUCACCGAGAGAAAGAAAGAGGUGAAACUUGCACAAUUGGAAGUAAAGGCGAGAAGAUGCCAAGCGCAAGGCUGACAUGGAGGAGAUGAUGAUCAAGCUCAAGGAAGCAAAAGCAUGGAAGGAGCUCAUGGCUGAGGAGAAGGAGCACAUGAUGAUGUCUAGAAAGGACAUGGAUGAAGAGCAAUUGGCGUGGUGGAAGGAGUACAAGGAGAACAUCGCCGAGAGGAAGAGGCUACUGCAUGGUGCUGGUGGUGGUGCGUUGUCUACUCUCCGAGGUGAGUCUCCGAUGAGUGGUGGAGGCGAUGGAGGUGUGGACAACUUCACCGGUGCUUGAAGUUGUUCGUAUGUUUUAUGUUUUGCAAAUGAUGUCUCUGAUGACUAUGUGAUGAUGAUCAUUUGCACGUUGUAUAUUUUGCUAUGAUGUCCAUGGGAUUUACUA